GGUUCGAGCAGUUCUCACUCUCUCGAUGACUCGGCUAGCUUCGCGUUUCCAAACAUGAAGGAGAUAAAGCGCCGGUGGAGGCCGCGGGACGCUUGAACAGGGUUUUUGGGUCCAGAUCGGAGAGAUACAUGGUCAAAGGACACGUUACAGAGCUUGAAGAAAUCCGCAAAUCUGGGAUGAAAAACUUCCGUAACAUUCAAGUUGAUGAAUCAAACAUAUUGACAUGGCAAGGCCUCAUUGUUCCAGACAACCCUCCAUACGAUAAAGGGGCGUUCAGGAUCGAGAUCAUUUUCCCUGCAGAAUACCCUUUCAAACCACCCAAGAUCACGUUCAAAACGAAGAUCUACCACCCCAACAUUGACGAGAAGGGACAGGUCUGCCUGCCUGUCAUUAGUGCAGAGAACUGGAAACCAGCCACCAAAACUGACCAAGUAAUUCAGUCGCUCAUUGCCCUGGUGAACGACCCACAGCCAGAACACCCUCUGAGGGCCGACCUAGCAGAAGAAUACUCAAAAGACCGUAAAAAAUUCUUUAAGAAUGCAGAAGAGUUUACAAAGAAACACGGCGAAAAGCGGCCAGUGGACUAACAAUACAAGACAAGUGUGUAGCCCCAGACCCCUCCUACUCCUCUGAUCCUCUUCCCCUCGCUCUACUACCUUCCUCCCGACUCCCAAACCAUAUCCUCUAUCCCUCCCUCCCUCCCUCCUGCCCGCUUUCCCUCCUUCUCCUCUCCUUUCCACGUGUCACUCUAGUCGAGCUGGAGAAGUACAGCGCAGCUGCAGCCUCCGUCUUGAAGCAGGACGCCGCGAGGACAUCCGAUCUGAGUUUCUGGUGUUAGCUUGAGGCCCUUACUAACUUGUUUAUUUUUCUUUCUCAAGUUUGAAAGCAUCAAAAUUUGGUUAGAGGCUAACCUAAGAAAAAAGAAGUUGGAAAAAUUGUACAGGGCGUUUCAUUGACGAAUGCUGUUUAACCCUUUUGUAAUGAGAAAAUGAAUCAUUGCAUUAUUACACAAAACUUUCAGAAAUUACUUUUGGAAGUGACAGUUCAUUUAAAACAAAGAUGGAUUGUUAUUUAUCAUGUAUAUUAUGUUGUUGUUGUUGUUGUUCCCUCUUCUUACAUUUGUGCUCUUUGACUUCUACAAAACAAAAAGGAGAUAUUAAGGAGAAAUUGAGGUUACAGAGCUGGAGGAUUUCGACGACAGUGACAGAUUAUUUCAUAUAACCUUUUUAUUUUAACUGCACUUGUUGGGUUGCACGGGAUGUCUAAAGGACAGGCUACUUUCAGCCCUUUACCAAGCCUCGAAUUGGCAAAAACCACUGUAAAGUCAGUAACAAAGGUGGCUUAGGAGCAGAUAUUUGUAUAAAAUAUAUUUGUUUCACAAAUGAAAAUGGGAAGAAUGAAAGCAAUGCUCUUUGUGUGAGUGAACGUAAAUUCCAUGAUGGCUAAUUUUAAACAUCUCUUUUAACAUGUUUCAUAGGAAAUUCUUGUAUAUUGUUGAUUAUUUGGGUUUCAUCAUGGAAACCGCCCCUAGAUUUACAGAGAUGUAUGCUACUGAGAAUUAUUAUUCCCAUUUUCUCCCGACACAGAAUAAACGCAGUAGUUGACCGUGA